AUUCAUCUGUGUGUGUUGUCUGAAGUUGGAUAUUAGUGCACGGACUAAAUUAGCAAGAAACUCAUACUGUUUGAAUAAUGCCCUGGAUACUUAUAAUCCUUCUUAUCCACAUGUACAAAGCACAUGAUGUUAUUCAAUUAAAUCGAGUAACAGAAGCUGCACCUGGAGAUUCAGUGACUUUAGAUUGCUUUUUCCCUGUGGCUUUCAAAACCGAACCACUGUGCUGGUACAAACAAACACUGGGAAGAAAGCCUUUUUUAGUGGCUAGGUCAUCUAGAGACACUCUAUCGUGGAAUCCUUUGUUUUCUGAAGACGUUCAAAAUGGACGGAUUAACAUAAAGCAGUCUGAUAGAGUAUUUAAUCUGACCAUCACAAACGUCACAUCAUCUGAUGAAGCAACAUAUUACUGCACAUUGACAAUGGAUAAAGACCUUACAUUUGGAAAUGGAACGUUUUUGGCUCUCAAAGGACACAGUCAGUUUAACCACAGCUUUAAUGAGGAUAGAGCAUUUGUCUGCGCAGUGGCUAACUGUGGACAAAUGAACACUGAAAAGAAGACGGUGUUGAACACAGAAAAUGCUGUGGAUCCUGUUGUUUAUGGGUUGGUUGCUGUGUUGGGACUGUGUUUUGUGCUCAUAUGUUACUUGAUCAGUUUAAUUUACCAAGACAGGAAACACAAACAUGACAAAGAAGUGAAGUCUCAGCAAGUUCACAAAGACAGGUCCUUCAGAGAUCCAUCAAGUGGGCAGGAUUCUGAAGAACUGGUCAACUAUGCUGCCUUGCACUUCUCUGAUAAGAAACUGAAAAGAGGAAAGAAGAAGAGAGACCUGCCACAAGAGAGCAUCUACUCCGAUGUCAGAGGUUAAGGAAUGUGUCAGGGCGCUUUCAGAUGACAAGUGGACCAUCCUCUUUGUCCCGCAUCCUUCCGCCCUGUCUCUGAAAGACAACAA